AUGAAACUGCAUGUAGCUAACAUAUUGCUACUGCUCCACUCACUUGUCUCCUACUCGCUUGCCGAAGGAAAAAAUGCCCCGCUUCCCUAUGUGACCGCAUUCUCGGCUAUCACGAAUCCUAACACAAAUCAACUUGAGUCUUUCUCAUUGAAUUGCCCCCAUGUCACCGAUGCUUCAAAAGAUGAGGUUCAAAUCGAAGUCACUUGGACACUAAACGACGCGAUUUGGCUGAAAAUUGUUGAUGGAGUUCGACGAAUCGACAAUAAACUCACUACACAUAACAAGAAGGCAAUUGCAGGCAAAAAUGUUCUUCGGAUUUCUGAAAAUUUUGGUCGUUACUGGUUCGACUACGACGAAUUGACUGGAGAUUUUUCGAUGGAGAUUCGGCCGGUCAUUGUUGAAGAAGAUGCCGGUGUUUGGCAGUGCCAUGUGACUGUAUUCCAAGAGGGAAAUACGCACACUCUGACGAGUCGUAGAAGAGUAAAACCUCAACAUCGGCAUCGGUCUCAUGCGUCUUAUCAUCAGCAACACUAUCAAUCAGGAAUCAAUCAUCAUUCCCAAAGAGCAAGUCCAGCAUCAUCGUCUCUUGAAGCCUCAAAUGGUCAAUCACCGGCUCACACAAAGCUCAAUAUUUUUAGUAGGACGAACUCCGAGCUGGUCCACAUAAGCAGGGAGCCCUCAAACAACUCAAAUAUGGUGGUCUUUGAUCGACGAGCACAACAAGCUCAAUUCAGAAGCCACAAUCGACACCAAAACAACCAGAGAGACACCGUAAUUGACUAUGAACUCAACAUGAACCACGACAGUUUUGGUUUGAAAACAACUAAAAGC